AUGUCUUCAGAAGCCGAUGCCGGUCACCGGCCCAUGAGGACUCGGGCCCGUCAGGCCUGUCUCCACUGUAAUCGGCGCCGCAUCCGUUGUAAUGUGCUCGAGAUGCGUCCCUGUCAGAAUUGUCGGACUAUGAGUGUUCCCUGUGAAGUGGGGGUCUCUAAACGCGGAAAGUAUCCCCGCAAGAAGUCACUGCGGCAAAUCACCAACGGCCCUUCGGUACAUGAAGGUGCAGUGCCGUCAUCGUCACCAAUCUCGGGGUCAUCUAUAGCCCCGAGUCCCGGCAUGUUCGCUCCAUGUGAUAGCUCGUAUGCGCAAUCGGAGGCAUCACAGGCAGCUCAGCAGAUCCUGCAACUGCGGCAUCCCGGCGGCGUGCCAGCGGCCCAGCACGUUAGUCCGAGGUCCGCCUGGGGGUCUCCGCAAGAGUCUACCAGGGUUGCUCAACAGACUGUUUUUCUGGGGGAGUCUAGCCCUCUGACGUGCGUGGUCGAUGAAGGUCGUCGAUCUCCCGAGAAGGGGCCCGCCAGUGCCAUGCAGAAGACCCGCCUGCAUUACCCAAUUCCUGAACGGCUGGAUGCGAAUAGUUCCCGCGAUGAGGCUGUGCAGGCACACAAAACCAAGAUGGAAAUGCAGCUGAAUGCAGAUGGCGCCUUUUCUUAUCCGCCAGCCGAUACCUGUAACAAGCUUCUGAAUGCUUACUUCACCUGGUCAAAAUUCUCCUUUCAGUCCGUGGAUGAAGAAAAGCUAUGGAAGCGGAUAUGGUGGGCGCUUUAUAUCCGGGACCAGCAAAGUGCGGCGGCUCUGGGACUGCCACCUCGAAUCCGAGACGAGGACUGUGAUGUCGCUAUGCUGGAACCUGACGAUAUACGCGAGAAUGAAGCAACCGUCGAAACCCCAGACAUAUUUGGCACACAACAAAUUGAGGACGUUUUCUACCCGAUUGAAAUGGCCAAGCUCGCAAAAUUGCUACGCACAAUCGUCUCGACGCAGUAUCUACCUAUGCAAUCUGCCGUCGAUCCUUCAUCCCGGGAGAAGUUGCAUCGACAGCUGAGCGAUUGGGAAUACGCGUUGCCACAUGAACUGAAGCUUGACAAUGCCGAGUCCUCAAGGGGUUUAUUCUUAACUGGACUACUGCAUAUGACCCACUGCAUGGCCCUACACAUCUCCGAGCACCGUGCGAGAUUGUGUCUCCUUGGGCUUCAGGAGCUCCAAAAAUCCUGGGACCUAGAAAAUUGGGUCUUGGAUCUGUUCUUCCGAUGUCUGGAUGAUGGAACUGCUCGUACCCUCCGCCUGACCGAUGUACUGACAUCGUCUGGCCAUGCAGCACCACAGCAAGAAAAUGGUGGUGGUGAAAGCCAUGAGACUGACAAUGAUGCUGUUACACCUAAUGGAACAGGGGCAGCCCAGGACCAUGAUGCACCUCUCAGCAUGUUGACACCGACGCUCUCGAAUACGUAUUCUGACCUCGAGGCGCCAGGCGAUUUGUUCGGACUGUUCAAUUUCGCCGAUGACUUAUCGGAUGUGGUUGGACCAACGCAAGAUUCGCUCAACCUGCAGAAUCUAGAAUCCCUGUACCGCUUCCUCUAG